GCUAUCAUGUCUUUCCCAUCUCGCUCCCCUCCUGGAGGCUCAUCAGCCCAAUCUCAAGGUCGCAGUCGUGGAAUGAAUACUUCUGAAGCCACGUUCUCCACCGAUGCAAGCAGCCGAAGCGCUUCGUUGGCUAUCGCAAUGGAGCAAGCACUUGUUCUUGAGCAGAAGCUUGAGGAAGAGGCCGGCUCUUCUCCUUCUCAUCUUGCCUUACAGAGAAUGUUGUCUUUACGAUCGGUCAUAUCUACAGCAUCAUCGUUUGCCGAACGCCAGCAGGCAGCUGUGGGUCAGGACACAGAAUUUCGAGAGAUAGGAAAAGGCUCCAUUGGCAUCAUAUUCGAGCAUCCAGGAACUAUUCAUUGCUACAAACUUCCGCUCCUCGACAAUUCGGAUAAGCUUUGGAAUAAUUAUACUGUGCACACCAAGGUUCAAGAGGCUUUUGACACAGCCAACAAGAUCAUCAACAUCGAUGUCAAGAUACCAAAAAUGUUUUGGUUCGCGAAUGACAAGACUGCCGAAUUCUGGGAUGCGAAUUUGGAUAAAUUUCCAUUCACCGAGCAAUUCCCCAAAAAGACGCGAGAUACACUAUGCAUGGAACGCGUCCUACCACUUCCACAGCCCCUUCGCAAUCAUCUCAUCGACCGGUAUUGCCCUAGAGACAAAGAAUCUGCGAAAUUAUAUCUACCCAACCGCGAUUGUUUGGUUCGGCCUCUUCUUGGACGCAGGAGACGAGGAUCAGGAACAAUAGCUUUUUCUCUCCGCAGUUUUCGCUUGCAUCUUGACCAGUUCGAGGAGCUGAAGUUGGACCUUGUCGAAUAUGCUACUGCUAUGGCAGAUGCGAUGGCUGUGUUACAUUGCAUAGCGAAGAUAGAUGCAAUGGACAUCGAGUUCGUGAUCGGCAGUGCACCUUCGGAAAUGCAUUCAAGCGGAAUUCCUUUGACCAGUGCUCAAAUAGAAAAUUUGCAGCCUGGAAAAAGUACAUACGAGAUGGCUAAAGCCAAAGACUUCAAACGACGCAUACUUUGCCUCUGGGUUUUGGACUUCGACGCCUGCAAAUCCAUCGACAUCAGCGAGGCGGGUGCACGCGCUGCCGUGAAGGCGUUCAUGGACACCGACGCCUACUGUCCAAGGCCUUCACAAGAUCCUCAAGUACACGAACUUUGGAAAUCAUUUGGGAGGCGAUAUAUGGCGUCUUAUAUCAAAUUUGGGGCUGAUAAAAGAUUCCCUCAAUCAUUCCUGUGCGGAGUUGAGGCAGAGGUCAAAGCCAAUCGUACUGAAACUCCCGCUUCAGUCAGUAGCACAAUAUCUAGAACAUCAUCUGGAGCUACUUCUCAAACUCACGGUAGAGGUCGGGGUCAUGGCUAUGGUCAACUUCGACGUCAAGGCAGUGGGUCUAGGGAAGGAUCUGUUCGGGAUCUGAGCAGCAAUUGGAGGAAGUAA